UGGAAAUGGGAAGAACCUCACUCAGCAGUUCCUGAGUCUAUGCGAACAACGAAAAGCCUUCAGGGAAGAACAUGAAGAAUACAUAAAAAUCAACCCGUCAAUAAAUAAAUACUACAAUGAUUCUAUAAUAAAUCUCGAGUAUUUUCUAUGA